UCAUGUAUAAUCACUAUCGAUAGUAUGACAGACACAAGUUCCAAGUAGUACGAGUAAUGAUCGAUCGCGUCUGUUAUGUGAAACUGACUUCAACACAACGCUUGUACGGAAGCGGGCAGAUAACGGUUCAUCAUGGAUUUCGUUUUCCUAAUAAUUAGUUCUCUAUUGAUCUGUGCUUUAUUGUGGAAAGCCGUUGCCAUCAUCCAAACCUACCGAACAUAUAUAAGUAUAUACAAGUCCGAAAAGUUCCUGUCUAUAGGAAAGUUCCAUCCUAUCUGGGGACAUCUACACUUGAUUCCAGAAUUUUCAGAUUAUGUUUAUUUAGUACGAAAAGGUAUCAAAGAAACUGGGAAAAGAAUAAGUGGUGUGUGGCUUAUGUUUUUCUUCCCGAUACUGACAGCAUGUCAUCCAGAGACAGCUAAGGUUUUACUGAAGUCUUCAGAACCAAAACCGAAGAGGUUUGGAGAGGCAUAUUACACAAUUACACCAUGGCUAGGUGACGGGUUAGUUUUAAGUAAUGGCCGAAAGUGGGAAAGAAACCGGCGCCUAUUGACACCUGCCUUCCACUUUGAUGUAUUGAAGUCAUACGUCGACAUGUAUAACCAAGUAUUUGAUAUAUUUCUGAAUAACAUGGGAAAAGCUGCACAAGCUGGUAAAGGUGUUGAAGUACAAGAACCUCUUAUAAUAGCUGCUCUUGAUACCAUGCUGAGAUCUGCUUUUUCGUAUGACUCUCACGUACAAGAACAAAGUACCAAACAUCCGUACGUUGAAGGCGUCAGACGACUGACAUACCUCACUACUUACAGAACAUUGAGACCAUGGUUAUAUCCAGAAUUCCUUUUUAAAUUAUCCGCAGCUGGAAGAGAAUAUUUCUCUCAUACAAAAUACAUACACGAGUUCGAUGAGAAAGUCAUAAGAGAUAGAAGGGCAUCUUUGAAAUCGAAACCAUUAGCGUCAUAUAAACGCCGACUGGAUUUCCUAGACAUUCUGCUGACCGCCCGGGAUGAGCAAGGCAAAGGACUGACAGAUCGUGAGGUUAGAGACGAGGUUGACACCUUCCUGUUUGCUGGUCACGAUACCACUUCCGCUGCUCUUGGUUGGGCUACGUAUUUGCUUGCACAGCAUCCCGUUGAACAACAAAAAGUAUAUGAGGAAGUUAUGCAUGUAGUUGGGGACAAACCAAGUGUGGAAUGGUCGGAUAUACAAGCUCUACAAAGACUUCCAUUGUUCAUUAAAGAGACAUUAAGAAUGUAUAAUCCAGUCCCUCUCAUCUCCAGAGUUACAACGCAUGAUACUGAAAUUGACGGAAUGAUAAUUCCAGCUAACAAUCAAAUCACGAUUCUCAUUGACGCGUUGAAUCAUCGACAGGAUGUCUGGAAAGAUCCCGAGACUUUUAGACCAGACAGAUUUAUGGAUGACUCAGACAGAGAUCCAUAUAGUUUUGUACCUUUCUCAGCAGGUCCAAGGAAUUGCAUUGGACAAAACUUUGCCAUGAAUGAAAUGAAAGUAGCGCUUGCCAAAUUAGUUCAAAGAUUCCGCCUACUUCCUGAUACUGACCACUCACCGAUAUUAUCAUACGAAGGAAUACUACGCUCGAAGUCUGGUCUCUGGGUUAAACUUGAAAAUAGAACUGAAGACAUCGGUUCUUAAUAUACUCUGUUAACUAGUCUCCUCAACUGUUUAACGGGGAACAAAUAUUCCAUCUGUGCUCCUCAUGGUUAUUAAAUGCAAUGAUGCCAAAUAUGUCUUCUACGAUAACUUGGCGGAUAAAAACUCGGUUGGUCACGUGUCACGAUACAAAG